CAGAGGUCACCACCCACACAUAGCCUAACAGCGGAGUCUGGCGGAGAGGCAACAUGUGGGUCAUCGAGCCGAUCAAGCAGGCUAACGGUAAGGGGAACGAGUUCCGGAAGGCAGCGACGUCGUCGGGAUUGAAGCUCCUGGCGUUCUUCGCCGCUGUGCGAGUCGCUCACUACGCUAUGAACCGACCAAGAUGACGAGGGUGUCUUGUUGCGGCGGUGGCGGGAGGUGCCGCCGACAGUGGAAAAUGUUUGGGGGUGACAAGAUGGCGCGAUACGUUACGGAACUACGGAAAGUCUUCGUUUUCUUGGAUGAAGGAUUGCGUAUCGCCUUUCACUCAUCCCGCACGAAGGCGCCCUUUGUUGGAGGGGGAGGGGGCAGCAAUGGGACUGGCUGGUCCGCUCUAUCGCGGGUAGGCGGUUGUUGGUGGCGGUGAACCUUUGCGAUUGCGGGGAACACGUAGGGUAGGUUGUGCGACGGCUUCUCGAUUCAAUUGGCCUGCACCGGCUUUCUCAAGGGCGACGUAAUGACAAGCCCGAAAGAAAGCUGGAGCAGUAGUAAGCUCCCGCCAGCGUCACGAUUUUUUCCCCAGUACAUUCAGUCAUCUUGCGUGUCUUGUACUUCUUGCUCGUUCGCCUUGCCGACUAGGUACGUUAUUGACAAAGUAUUCUGUGUUGUGUUGAAUUUGUGAUUCCCCCUCCCCCCUCCAUCGGCCCGCGGUAUGGGGGGCGACGAUAGACUGUUUGGCGGUUGCGGUUGCAGUUGCGACCGUGCAAUCGGACGAGGGGAGGGUAGCAUCUUUCAUGGGAUGACUUCGUCGUCAGACCAGGGUACUCUCUCGUCCCCACGAGAUCUGCAAGGAGUUGUGUUCGUUUUUCUCAAAUACGGGGUGAGCGGGGUUGAUUGGCAGCGAGAGCGGCAUUGACGUGUAUUCAACAGCAUUUUGUGUAUUUUUCUUCUUUCCCCCAAAGUGAAGUUUCCAUUCAAGCACCCUGUCCUGUAGAGCUGUAUCACCGUUCGGGGGAACAGCACCAUGCCAGGAGUGGUUCUCUGCGUACAAUUGUCGAAGUCGUGAACACUGUCUUCAGGGCAACCUUCCGUUUUUUGUGAAGCUUGUUUGCGUUGUGCCUGUAAAGUGUUUCCCGGAUCUUUGCGACCAGGACGGACGUGGGACCGUUGAGAAUCUUUGAUUAAACAAAGAACCACAACAAGCACCAAAGAUGAUGUCUAAGACGUGCCCUACGCCGGAGCGCUGGUCUUAGGGGCAUGCACACUGAAUUUCCCCGGAGAAUGAAGUGCCUACCAUCUCCCGCAGUGAUUGCUCGCCCUUUUCCACCCUUGUGUGUUGUGAAAAAUGUAGCUGUUACAGCAGUAUGCCUCUUUUACCGCGCACGGAUCCCGUGCCUACAGCGCAGAACAGGACAUGUGCUAAAUAGACACGGGAAGGUGUUUAGUUUUCUCACCCCCAACGCCACACACAGCAGUGACAUGGUUCAUCUCCGGAAAGGGGUACGUGUGCAAUGUCGCCUAACGUUUGGGAGCG